AUGACGUCGAAAUCGGGCGCUGCCGAUGCCAAGCGCUCGAAGCGCAACCUGCUCGAAGACAGCGACUCCGACUCGGACGACGGGGGUGCUCAGAUUGAGACAUCCGGCUUCAAGGUCAACGAAGAGUACGCCAAGCGCUUCGAGCACAACAAGAAGCGCGAGGAGAGACAUAGGUUGGAGGAAAAGUACAAGAAGGACGGCCGUGGCGGCAACCAGGAUGACGACGGAUCCGAUGACGAGUCGUCUUCUUCGAACGAGACCGAAGAUGAGGAUGGAUUCCUCGCUACCGAAGACCUGGAUGCUCAAAUCUCUGCCACCUUAAACGCCAUCCGCAACAAGGACCCCCGCGUCUACGACAAGAACAUCACAUUUGUACAAUUACCCGACGACGAGACCCUGGCUGCCGACAAGGCCCCGAAGGAGAAGCCUGUGUUCCUGCGCGACUAUCAAAGAGAAAAGCUCUUGCGUGGAGAUACCGGCGCCUCCGAUGAUGAGGAUGACAAGCCCAAGACCUACACGCAGGAGCAGGACGACUUGAAGAAGUCGAUUCUCUCGGAGAUCAAGGCAACCAAGGGGGCGGACGAUUCGGAUGAAUCCGACGACGAUGACUUCAUGAAGCUCAAGGAGCCCCAAAAGGCCGACGCGAACGGACUGCACCCGUCGAGAAAGGCGGCGAUCAAGGCGCCAGAAUUGGACGUCACCAACGCCGACAAGGACCCCGAAACUUUCCUCUCCAACUUCAUGUCCUCCCGAGCCUGGAUCCCCGAGGAAGGCGGCAAAUGGAAGGCGUUCGAGUCCGACGAAGGGGAGGGCGACGACAUGGCGGACGAGUGGGAGCAGGCGUACAACAUGCGGUUCGAGGAUCCCACAAAGAGCAACGAGGUCUUGAAGUCGUACGCCCGUGACUUUGCGGCUGCGAGAUCCGUGCGCCGCGAAGAGAAGACUGGCAGAAAGCGCCAGAGAGAGAUCGAGCGGGAGAAGAAAGAGGAAGAGAAGCGUCAAAAGCGCGAGGAAAAGGCCCGGCUGCGCAAGCUGAAACUCGAGGAGACUGAAGAGAAGCUCCGCAAGAUCAAGCAGGCCGCCGGUGCUGUUGGAAAGGAGCUCACAGAAGAAGAGUGGAUGCAGUUCCUCGACGGUGCGUGGGAGAACGAACGGUGGGAGGAGGAGAUGCAGAAGCGGUUCGGCGACGACUACUACGCCAUGGAAGACGACGCAGCCAAGUCUGACGAUGGAGAGGAAGAGGAAGAGGGCUCCGGGAACGGGAAGAAGAAGAAGGCGCCCAAGAAGCCUAAAUGGGACGAUGACAUCGACAUCAAGGACAUCAUUCCCGACUUCGAGGAUGAGGAGGCCAAGCCCGCUAUCUCUCUCAGUGACGAGGAUAACCAGGGCGAGGAAGCGGCUGAGGAUGAGGACGAAGAGUCGCGGCCUUCGAAGAAGCGCAAGACGGCCGACCACAAGCGCGUCCGCCUCGAGUCGCAAAAAGCCGCCCGCAAAGAGCGUCAGAAGCUCGAGGCCCUCGUCGACUCCAAGAUGGAGCUUGAGCACCACGACGUCCUGGGCUCGUCCUCGGGCGCCAUGACGUUCCGCUACCGCGAGACGUCGCCCCAGUCGUUCGGCAUGACGGCGCGCGACAUCCUGCUCGCCCCGUCGGACAAGGACCUCAACGACUACGCCGGCCUCAAGAAGCUGGCCACGUUCCGCGACGAGGAGAAGAAGCGCAAGGACAAGAAGCGCCUCGGCAAGAAGGCCCGGCUCAGGGAGUGGCGGAGGGGUGUCUUCGGGAGGGAGUUUGAGCGCGAGGGCCCGACGUAUGGCUUCGAGCGGUUCCUUGCCGCGGAGGAGGAGGGCGCUCCCGCGGCCGAGGUCGGCGCCUCUGCGUCGCACAAACACGGUCAGCGCAAGGAAAAGAAGACUGGCGACGCUGCGGCGGCCGAGGGCGAGGAGCAGAGCAACAUUGUCGGCGAGACGGGCGGGUCUCGGAAGAAGAGGAAGAGGUCCAAAGGAAAGAACAAGGCCGCCGUCGAUGCUGAGGCUUAG